AUGGAACAUACACAGCCUUCACCAGUGGUUGGGGAUGAAACUAAGAGGCAAUUGCCAGCACUGGAAAAUGUCUCUCAGCACACACUGAUUGCAACAUUAAAGGCAAAUAUUAGGAUGAAUGAACAAGGAUUGGGUCUCAUAAUCAUACAGAACGGGCCAUACCUCCAGAUAAUAAGCCUUGUUGAGAAAAGCUCUGCAGCUAACGAUGGAAAGCUAAAACCAGGUGAUGUUCUAAUAAAAAUUGGAUAUGCUGACGUUUUAGGAUGGACUCUCAGAGAGCUUAGGCAACUCCUGCACAAUAUUCCUGUAGGAACUACUGUACAAAUCAGAGUUUACAGAGAUUUUGUUGAAGUACCUCAAUGCUGGCAAAGUGCAGUUGAAUUAAUUCCUGAAGCAAAGCUUCCUGUGAUGACAGCAGAGUAAGAAAUAAGUAUUGUACACAACUAGAAUUUCACACCUUGCUUAGUAUUAUAGCAAGAAACAAGAAAUAGCAUAAUAGCUUUUUCAUUUUAGGAUAAAACGUUAGUCUAAGGAUUUACUUUCAUUUAUUUUUCUGCAAUAGAAAACUGUGAUUUGAAAUUAACAAAUACCAAAAGAAAAGUUUACUUUUCUAGUUACAGUGAAAACAGGGUCAGGACAAACAUUAAUUUUAGACAUGCCCCUUCCCACCUCCACAGAGACCAUAAAAAGUCUGGCUGGCAAUAAUGGCCACUGAAGUCAAAGAGGCCCUGUCAACCAUAAUAGCCAAGGAUCUAGACAAUUACAAGUAGCUGAUGAUAUCAAGAUGGAGGUCUUGCUACAACCAUGUAAAAAGCUUAUCUGUUUCUUAAUUGGUCUAACUACUGACAAGUGGUUAAUGAUUAUGACUUUUAAAAUUAAACUUAAGGAAAAAAAACACUCUUCUUCUGAGAGCCACUGCAUACAGAAGCUUUUAAAAAUACAUUGCUCUCAAUCCUAAAGGUGGCUCAUAUAGCAAGUAUAAUUAAUCUAGAUGGGAUACAAGGCAGUUAAAACUUUGUGCCUCAGGAAAACUUUUAACAGAGAAGAAACCUCAGAGGUAGGGGAAGGAACAGAAGUAUUGAAAGGAGAUAAUUAGGCUAGAACAGCAGAAAGGAAGCUCACGCAGCAAGGGGCUUUCCAAGAGAUUAAACCUCUAAGCUUAUGUUUAAAUAAAUCAAUUAUUUGCUAUUCUGAAGGAGCAGAAGAAGGAUAGCUUGCUUUUCUAUUGACCGAAUUACAACUUAGCUAUUACUUUAGAGUCCAAAGGAAACUGUGUGCAAAGGACUAUGGACAAUAGUAUUAGUUUGAUAUUAGAGGAGCUUCAGAACUAAUGAACUUGUCUUUAGAACAAGUAUUCACAAAAAACUUAGGACUCCAUGAUUAGUUAACUAAAUAGCUAUGGGAAUUAUUGCAUGUUAAAGUAAUAUCAUGCUGUGUAUUUCCAGCAGAAGUGAAGAUGCUGAGGAUGAAGACACCACCAGGUCCAGUAGCGAUGAUGAUGCAGACUUGGAAACUUUUCAGUAUAAAUCUUCCCAGUCAUACUGCUGUGAGUUCACUCGUAAGUUACCAUCAAUAUCCAAAAUUUGGCAGAUAUCUGAUACAGGCCAGACACUUAGAGUACGCACAGACACUGGUUGUGAUGCUGUACUUCAUAAUGAUGUUGAUGCCUUGUGCAAUCCUAAGUUCGAUGCCAGUGGUGUUAGACCUCCCUCAUACUGGGCUAUGGAAAACAGUGAGACCAGUUCCUCUUCUUCCUGCCCUUCUGUAUCAGAGACAUCCUAUCUGGAAGAAUUUGCCUUUGUUUCAGAAUAGCUCAAAACUUGACUUCUUCAAAACCUAGAUUUCUGAAGUUGUAUCUUACCUGUUUUAGCACAUGCCUAGACUUCCAAAAAACCUAAAUGUCCUAAGAUAUACAAAAUAAUAUAUGAGCUAUAUAAAGCUGUUUUAGCAAUGCCCUCCCUACCAUCAAAGAUGCCCAUCAAUGCUACUUGUGGAGAAGACAUUCAGAAACACUACCUCUGCUAGUCCUAGACGAGUAGCAGUUACAAGCUCUAAGGUCCAAUAUAUUCAUCUUUGUUUGAAGGUAAUGUUCUUCAUUUACUUGAUAUAAGGAUGGUGCAGACAAUUAUCAAGAACUUCUCCUGAAUACGUGGACAAUUAGUGGCAAUUACAGUAUUUGUCUGCAUCACAAUGAUAAUUCUUGAUAUCUCUAUUUUUUACAUCAACUAAAAUUCACCU